AUGAAUGAAAACAAAUUAAGUAAUUCUAUGGAUGACUUCUGUGAACGCAUGGACCAAUGGAAUCGGGGUGAAGGUGAAUCCCAUCAACAUGCAUUUAGUUUAGGACAACUUUUAUUAAAGGAAAAUACAAAUUCUAAAGGAGUAGGUGGAGCUACUCGUGGUAUAUUUCUUAUUGGCGAUCAGAGUUCAUCGAAAUCUACUACUGUAAACAGUAUUAUACAACAAGUGGCAUUACAAAUGGGUAAUAAUACCGUCACUAAAAUUAGAACUUGGAUUGAUCAUCGAUAUGAUCCCGAAUUGGAAGUAGCAAAAUAUGACUUGCUGAUAGAAAAACAUGACAAGUCAGAAAAUCCUGUAACGCUUCUUCAUAAUCGCAGCUUACAGGAUCUAACUACUGAAUUUGCAAAACUUAACGAAACGAUUACUGAUAGUAUUACUCGUCGUACAUUAGAUAAAGUGAUAGAACGUCAAAAAUCACAAAAUGAUAGUAUAGUACUUUUGUGUAUCUCAGCAACAAGAGCUUUUGAAAGCUCAUCCUGGACUCGACAUAUGGAUUUAAUAGAAAAACUUGAUGGCAAGAAUUUAAUUGUCCUUGUUACAAGGAUGGAUUUACUUAACAUUAGCGAAGUCUCUCAAGAGAUAAGAACUAAUAAAGAAUUCAUAAAAACGUUACCGGAUAAUGUUUUUGACAUUCAAGUAGAAAGUAAUGACUUCGGACCUCUUCGCUGUAGUUCAUGGGAUAUCCUCCAAUAUUUUCGUACAAAAAUUGAACUUCAAGCCAAGCCUCAUCAUCUUCCAGAUGGUGUGCAGUUUCAUUACGCGGCCUCCAAUAGCGAAAGUUUGGAUGAUUUGUUGGAGCAGGGAUGGGAUGCAUUUAAGAAAUCAGAAGAAAAAAAUAAUGAAAUGAUGCUCGAAAUUCUUUGCGGAAAAAAGGAUGAAUGGAAAAAGCAUGGUAUUGAAUUAAUUGAAUUGAGUUAUAAACAAAGUGAAUUCAGAAAUUCAGUUGGAAUGGAAAAUUUACGGAAAAAAUUACUCAAUACAUUACAUAUACAUAUUGUGAAAGCUGCAAAGGAACUUAUGAACUAUACAUCCGAAUGGCAAUCUAAUAAAAUAAAGGAACUAAAUAUAAUGGUAAAGCGUAUUGAGUCUUUUAAAGAUCGAUCAGAAUUGAUAACUUCGUUCUGCAGAAAGUUUAUAGUAGUAUUUCAGACGCUUUUUGCUUCACCACUAUAUACUCCAACUAUUCAUUCUAACCAUCGGUUGAAAAAAUUUGGAAAUGAAAUCAAAAAGGCACGAGAAGCUAGAACGGAAUACGGUUGGUCUUUAAUUGAUAUGUGGGAAAUUUUCGAGACUCUUAAAGGCACUAACGGAUUUGCAGAAUUUCCGCCUCAAGAAUUUUGCGAUAAAAAUUUUCAAAAAUACAUUGACGACGUCGAGAGUCAUAUCAAUUCGGCUGAUGCUCGUUUAAAUACUGCGCAGAUGUUAAUACAGAGGUUAACACAAGAAUAUACAUUGAGGUCAUCUCUUAUUAGUUUGCAAAAGCCUGAUGCUAAAAAGUUCGUUUCACGUCAGGUACAAGCGUCAACAGCAACCCAAUUAAGUUUUGGUCCCGCAGUCGAUCAAAAAAUUAGCGAAGAUUACGGUAAAAUUUUCUGCAUACAUGAUAAAUAUAAACAAGAGAAUACUAACAGUGGUACAGAAAAUUCUAUCGAAAUGCGAGGGGGAAACCAAUGGGUGUCUGUUCUUGGAGCAUUGUGUCUAUUGUUGCAUGCAGAAUAUACCAUUCAUAUCAUGCGCGACACAGAAUUUUCUUUUCUGUUACGAUUGCAAAGUGAAGAUCCGAUGAAAGGUAUUUUGGUUUCAAAAUUCAAGCAAUAUUGGGAAUUAAGAAAUGAAAAUAAGGAAAAUUCGGUAGACCAGCAAAGUACAGAGAAACAAAUUGCAGAAAUUAUGAAGUCUAUGGGAAAAAUAGGAAAACUUAAAUUUAAAAACACCGAAUCAGCUAAAGUACCACCAAUUGAUGAUAUAUCAUGGGCAAUCUAUGCUAUGUUCUUCGAGAAAUCAUAUAGUCUUUUAAAAGAAACAUUAGACGAACGUACUGAUUUAGUAGUCUUGACGCAUGCUACAUCACUUGUUCAUUGUUAUCAGUUGAGCGGCAUCUGUGUGCAUCGAGAUGAAGAUUAUCUGAUGAAAUGGGCAGCAGAUAAUCCGAAUUCCGCAUAUGGAAGGGCAUUUGUGGUUACUGAACAGGACGUUAUAGAUUUAGUGAAACCGUCGCCCGACGAGACUCAGCAAAUUGCAGAUUUUCCAAAGAGAAAGACUUUUCAUGAUUUAACAAUGGAUAAUUUUAAAAUGUUUCAAAAAGGGAAAAAGAAUGGCAAUGAGUUACAGACUAAUUCGGCAGGAGAAAUAAAAAACAAGCCCUUUAUUUUUUCAACUCUGCCGGAAACGACGACUGAUAGGAUCAGAAAUUCUAUGAAAGGAAAACCACUAGAUCAGGAAGACAUGGUAAAGUUAUUUAUAGAUCUUGUUGAUAUGGGAAGAAAUCCAGACACGUUUGAUGAACCCGAAAGCAAGACUAAUCUUUCUGAAAAAGAAGAAAGUGCCGUUAACUAUGUAUAUAGGCGCCGUUUGACUAUGGGAAUUUCAAGCAGUAUCACUGACGUUAUACAACAGCUUGCUAAGGUGCAGUACAAUUUCAGCCACCAACAGAUUGCCGAUACUCUAAAACGUGAGCUACUUGGCCGCGUCGCAUCUUUGUUGCUUGGUUAUGAGUAUCCAUAUCACCCCGACGAACGCCCUUCAUCCAAAUGGUAUCUCUCACCAGAAGUAGUUAUACGAUUUCUUGUUGCCAAUGAAUCAGUCUUUGAAAGCAUGUCAGAAUCAGAUGAAAGGAACUGGAAAGUUUUACUUGAUCAUCGGAUAUCAGAGUCACCACUUGUUAUGCGCAUUGAGAAUUUAAUAUUAAACACGUAUAAUAAUGUUGUAGUUGCAAUUUUUGAAGACAAAGAGGAAGAUAUACCCAAUAUAGAUUUUGAUGAGAAAAAAACGAUGGCUGAUAUUAAUAAAUUAAUCAAAGAUGGUGAUCAAAAUGAUGAUGGUAAUGAUGACAGUGAAUAUAAAGAUAAUGAAGAAAAUACUAAAUAG